UUAUUCAGAAAACGUUACUACAUACGUACUCACACGUACUACACGUUUUUUGACGUUUUUCUCACGUCUUUGUCAUUGUUAUUGUUUAUUAUUAUGUCAAUAUAAAAUUAUUUGCAAAACGUGCGUUUAGUGCUACACGCCAAUUUUUUUACAACUGUCUUUUUAUACUUAAUGCGGUUACAGCAAAUUGUUAUGAAUGCAGAAUUUCUUUCAAAGCAUUAAAAAAUGUCGGAAGAAAUAAUCACUUCAGACAUUCUUCCUAUAGAACAAAUAAAAGUUGAAAGUCAUCCUUAUGAUACAGACGAUUCUGUAAGUGACGAGUUAGAAAAUUCGCAGGUCAGAAUUGCGACUGAUUGGAAGCAAGAAUUUGUCUUUAUAGAAAAUGAAUUAUAUCAUUUUUUAAAUUCGACUCUAGAGGGAAAAGUUUUAUUAGGAAUAUAUCAAAGAACAGGAACUCUUGAUUACACAAGAUUAAAAAAAUUGAUAAUUUAUAAAGAAAUAGAAGAGGACCCAGUUAAUUAUAAAAUUAAGACUGAUGUGUUCUUGAAGUUGAAGGAGCAGGCGAAAGAAUUAUUUCCCACUGAGGAUCCCGAUCGUUUUUACAUCUCGAGUCAGGAACGAGGUCAGGAAAAUAAAUCUAAUAGAAAAUAUCAUUCAACAGGUGGUAGCUUCUAUAAUUUCUACAAAGUGGUGAGAAAAGAGCUUCGUUCAGCAGGAAUAUAUACAAAAAAAUAAUUUUUAAUUCCUUUUUUUGUAAAUAAUGUAAAAAAAAUAUACGUUCAAUUUUUCGUCUUAUAAUAAAACCUAUUUUUGAUAUAUUGAA